AGCCGAACUUUGUAACCAUGACGCCAGUCUGGGUCACUCGCUCCAUCCUCAGAAUCCACGAGGAGCUGAACCACCGUCUGCCGAGCGAACGAAAGAAUGAACUGAUCCCAUACGGGCAGCAUCGGUCUCCACCACGACCAGCUCCUCCAGUCCCUCGCAGGAUCCAGCCCAGGAUUCCACAUGGCAUGUAGUCAUCACGUCUCCUUCAGCCUCCUCUGGUGAGACCAAAAAUAAUAAAUAAAACAGCUAAAAACUGGGAAUGCAGCCAGGCAAUGACUGAGGUUCGGGAAACUGAGGCCUGGAAGAGACGGUUCCCAGGCUCGUCCCAAGGGAGGAAGCCGCUGAGCUUGGAAGAAACUGUGUGUUUGGUAGAAGGCCUGCCUCCCAGCCACCUGACUGCAAUCCUGUUGACAUAAACCCGUUGAUCAAAGCAAUCCCCCAACUGCUCCAGGCCAGUUCCUGUGGCUCCUGGUGGAAUUCACUCAGCAGAUCCGGAUCUGGUAAAUAUAAAAGGUCUGGUCCUUGGGUGAGGACCCGCAUUCUGGACACGGCUGCCGAAAACGGCUUCCUCUGCCAGUGCCGAGCCAGGCACCAUGGCAGCAGUCACGUUCCCCUCAGAAGACCCCAGAGAGCUGAGCGCCCACCGCAGGGGCCUUGAGAUGAACCUGGAGACGAGCUCAGGCGGAAGGCCGGCGCGCCAGCAGAAGGCCAUCCCCAGAGCUCACCUGAUCUUCGUCAUCGACUGUGCGCGAGGGAAGCAGAUCUCCCUGGCAGCACCCCCGGGGCCACCCCGCACCCCCAGUCCCAAACCGGGACCUGCCGUCCCUCCGAUGAAGACCUACAUCUUGUUAUGCGGGGAAAAGCAGUCCCCCAACCUGACUCGGGAGGCUCCGCUAGGUGGGAGGGACCUUGCGCCGGCCGGGGGGCCCUGCCCAGGUGCCCCCUGCAGAGGGACUACGGCCCAAGCUUCCCCCCCAGGCAGCCCAGGAGGCCUUGCAGAGGCUCCUGAAGCCAAGGGGAGCCCGGUGAAGGCCGUGUCUUCGCGGUCCUCCGCGUGGGGAACGGUCAUCGGCUCCCUCAAGGCCCUCUCCUCCUGCGUCUGCGCACAGGCGGAUUGACUGCGGAAGCCUGGCCGUGGGUGGGGAGGCUCGGGGAUCCGUGCACGAUUCCCCGGGUCCACGCCCGCCUCCCCAGCGGAGCAGAAGGCUUUUCUACCUGAGCCAGAGAAGGAGAGUUAGAUCCGAAAGGACAUCUGAAACAGCCCCAAGCAUCCUACUUCUUCCUUCCUCUCCAUCUUUGCUAGCCUUUCAGCGGCAACAGGAUAAGGCACCACCAGGUAGAAUGAGGCUGAGUCAGUCACACAGCAUAUUCUAAUGCAGCAUCUCCCAAUUCCCAGCCCUGCAAAAGCACUGAAAAAGACACUGCAGCUUUCUUGGAGUUUGUAUUCCUGAGGGUGGGGGAGAAAGGUUAAACAACCCAAUAAAGACUAUUUGAACA